UCAACUCAACUCAAUUAUUAUUAUAAUUUCUAUGUUCCGUUCUGUUCUCUUCUAACUAUUCCAAACCUCUCUCUCUCUCUCUCUCUCUCUCUCUGGAAAGACCCAGCCAGUUACGUACAGAAUAAUGGAUGCUAUACGCAAGCAAGCUAGCAAAUUAAGGGAGCAAGUCGCUAAGCAACAGCAGGCCAUACUUAGACAGUUGGGCCAAAUUAGCAGUGAACCGCUCAUGACUGAUGAAUCUGAAAUUGAAUGCCAUCAGCAUCUUAGAAAGUUAUACACUUCUACAAAGACAGCUAAGCAUUUUCAGCGGCAUAUUGUUCGUGCUAUCGAAGGAUUCAUCUCUGUUAGUUCCAAGCAGAUGGAGAUAGUGAGGAAGUUGGCUAAGGACUGCAGUAAGUACGGGACUGAGAAUCAAGGAAGUAGUUACCCCCUUGCAAGGGCUUCUCUUCAAUUUGGUAACUCGUAUGAUGUAUUGGAAAGCGAGAGGGAGACUUUACUUGGGAUUUUAGGUGAUCAGAUCUCUGAGCCACUGCGGGCACAGAUAACAGGAGCUCCUUUAGAGGAUGCACGACACCUCACUCACCGCUAUGACAAACUUCGUCAAGAAGUAGAAGGCCAGGCUGCUGAAGUUUUGAGGCGUCGAUCAAAGUUGAGGGAUUCUUCUGUUUCUGCAGAGAGUUCCAUGAGGCUUCAAAAUGCAGAAACAAGGUUGAAAGAACUUAAAUCUGCAUUGGUGGCACUUGGUAGAGAAGCAACAGCUGCUAUGUUGUCCGUUGAAGAACAACAGCAACAGAUAACUCUCCAAAGCCUCCGUACAAUGGUGGAUGCUGAGAGAGCCUAUCAUCAGCAUGUCCUUGUUAUUCUAGAGAAACUAUAUGGUGAGAUCAUUGAGGAGAGACAACCGAAAGAGUCUACAUCAUUUCCACUGCCAAGUGAUGGAUAUAAUCAACCUGUAGAUGAGAAUACUAAUUCAAAUGGCUUAGAUUAUAAACACAACAGUCAAACAGGCACAUACUUUUUUGCAAAGGUCAUACAUCCAUUUGAUGCUCAAGCUGAGGGGGAGUUAAGCUUAUCAAUUGAUGAUUUUGUUGUAGUUCGUCAGGUUGAUCCCAAUGGAUGGUCUGAAGGAGAAUGCAAAGGCAAUGCUGGAUGGUUUCCCUCUGCUUAUGUACAGAGACAGGACUUAAUACCAGCCAGCAAGAUAGUGGAAUAAUAUCGGCACGAUGCCAAUAUUGGUCUUUUGCUUAGGUGAGGCUCAAAUUGUAUAUUGUAAUCACGGAAUAGGUGCUUUUGAAAAGCAAUAGCAUGUGCUUACAAUUAUUUUUAGGUAGUUCUGUCUUCUCUGCAGUAUGUUGUAUAUGUGAGCAUAAUUGCAAGAGGAAAUAACAGUUUGAAUAUGUAGAGUGAUAUAUUAUUGGUAUUUUCUUAGGCUCUUGGUUCAUUCUAAGGAACUUAGUUUUUGAGAUGAAAAGCUUAGUAAGGUGGGUAAAUGCUAAUUUCUGCUGUCCAUAUUCUAUAGGAUGGUCUGUAAUUCUAAACGAAGAUAUGGUGAGAAACAUUGUAUUAGGAAAUCUUCCGAUGUAUCAAUGUGGAAAAGGUGAUUAUAUUUUU